AGCAAGGCUUAGAACUUGGCUUCUUUUGAUCUUGCUCUUAGACGAUGAAUGAUCGACAUAAACAUUUUUCUGCAGUAACUUAGCAUUCGUUCUUCAUUUCUAGAGAUGCUUCGUCGGACAGUUUAUUUCUUGGAAGAAAUACUCAGUUCAAUUGGAAAUCUGAAUAUUACGUAGAAAUUCUGAUGAACCAAAAUUACCUUUGUGAUCGAUAGUGGAUGGCUGUGCCUCGUGCAGCAGUAUAGUGUUCAAUGCUGCAAAACGUGCAUGCAGUAGUAAUAUGGCGUGAAGGACUUAAAUCUUAUUUUGCGUUUUAUUUAUACCUAAAAGAUAAGAUGUUACUUGAUUUCUGACCCUAUAGACUGAAUUACAAAUUGCAAACUAUUUACGCAUUUUAAACAGUCUUUCUAGAGUUACCCUUAAAAGGACGAUGAAAGUGUCGGUGUGUUAAAUUAGGUUCUAAACAAUCAGAUUCUUUCUUAAAUUUUAAUAAAAAUAUGAUACUCGAUACAUUUAGAAAAAUACACUUCCAGUUAAAAUGUUACUAGUAAGAAAAGUGGCAGAAAAACCGAUUAAAUUGAUGUUAAGACUGGAGUAUCGUCGACCAUGUCUUCGUCGUUCCUCGUUAUGGAUCUUGUCGAAUUGGGUCUUUUAAGAAGAAUGAAGGUCUCAGAGUGGAAUUGGAAAUAGAAAAAAUGCAUAGAUUAGAAGCAGAGGCGUGCCUCAGAGAGGUACGGUUAGAGAGUGAGCAUUGCAAGGCUCGAUUAGCAAGUCUUCAAGAAGAUUUCCUAAAAAUGGAAGAAAUGGUUAAGAACAUGUUGCAAUUCAAGUCUCGUAUAGACCAGUUGAAACAUGAAAAAUCAUCUCUUGCCUUAGCAUACGAGAGUAAAAUGAGGAAGUAUCAAACAUGUUUGGCUUCUUUAGAGAAAGAAAACCUCAUGCUUUUGAAUGAACUUCGUAGUUUAGAAGGAUCAAACAAAGAUCAUGAGCAAAAGAGAGAACAGACAUUGUGUAGGGUUUUGCUUGAAAGACUUGGACUUCUAGAACAAGAAAAUACAGCUUUAAUUAUUGAAAAUGAACAACAGCGUCUACAGUAUGAACAUUGUCUGGAUGAUGUUGCUAAUCAGGUUGUUCAGGCAUUAUUAACACAAAAGAGUUUGCGAGAAGAAUGUGGAAAAUUACAAAGAAGAGUCCAGGAUCUAGAACAACAAAACAAUGCCUUGUCUGUUCUAUUUAAACAGCAGGUACUUCAUUCUGGAGAAUUUCAUUCUCAGCUGUAUCACAGAGAUUCUUUACAGAAAAUUUGGCCAUCAACUGAUAACUCACCUGAUCAGGACACUGUCGACUUGAUCUUAGCUGACAGACUACAGAACUUGGAGUUUGGACAGUAUAAUCAGAACCAAAGCCAGAGAACAGGGAGAAACUUCCAAAGUCAUGCUAAUCAUUCUGAAGAUAGCACAGAUUCCUUAGCAAGUCUCUGUAGUGACUAUUCAUUUAAUAGCGGGUGCAGUGGAAGAAAUGUUCUUUCAUAUCCAGGACUCCCAAAAAUGAGCUCACCUCCUCAGUGGUCUCGAGAUUCUCUAACUACAUUAGGAUACAGUGUCAAACCUCAGGUCUCAAGCACAGGUGUUCUAGCAAGAUCACUACUAACAAGUACUCCACAAGGAUGUCAUAGAACAAGUAUGACGAAAUGCUGGUCUGACCUCGUUCCACGACCAUCUGAUCAAGACUGUUACAGCAGAGAUGAAGUUUGUAAUUAUGCUCUUCAGGCAGAGCAGUUGGAAUUGAGAGAAAGCCACAAACUUCAUAAGUCCUAUGGUAAUAGAAACAUGCUAGUUGAUAAAGUAUGUGGAAGAUUAAAGAGUGAUGUAGCAAGAUCAAGUUCUUUAUUGGAUAGUGAAAUCCACCAAGCUGAGUAUAAUCUAAGCAGUCAGAGCCAAUCUGUUGAUCUUGGGAGUCUUGACACCAUUGAGACUCCCAGUGAACAUAUAUUAACCUUAGAAAGCCUUCCAUACCUUUCUUCAUCCCAGAGGUUAUUAAUAUCAAAGGAGUGCAAUUUUCCGAACUUUCACAAACAUAUCAAGCUGUACAAACAACUGCUGCAGGAAAUGCAGAUGUUUAUCACAAAUCAUCAACAAAUAGGCAUUCUUCUUGUCUUCCACAACAGCUUCAGCAUAAUUACUUUGCAUUACCAUCUAGCAACCAAGUUUCAUCACAUAGUGAUGCAUGUAAAUCAGAACCUAGCAUUCAAAGACCCACCACUCUAAAUGUUGUCCCUCAUGUUCAGUGUGAAACCUCUCAUAGCUUUAGUUUCCCUGCAUUAGAACAAAAAUUUCAUGACACCUGUGUAAAUGUUUAUGAAGAAGUAGAUCCACCUUCUUUUUCAACUGAUUCUAAAAGUGUAUCAAGGAUUUCUACAGAUGCAAAUUCCAUGGCUUCACCUAGCAGAAAAAGCCUUGAAAACUGGUACACAUCUGAAUCUAGUCCAAAGAUGAAUUCUUUAGGUGAAGAAUGCACCAACACUGUAAUUCGGAGAAGUCAGGUAGGACAUGGAACAUCGGAGGACAUUGAGUACUGUACCAUGCCUAAAGAGUCACAAAACAUCAGUUUUUCAGAAGUGAAAACGGAAGUUCAGCCUGAACCCAUUCCUGUUUCUUCACCCCAUAAGUCCAUGAAAGAAUGCUCAGAGGCUGCCAGAACAAUGAUUCAGCAUCCAGAGACAAAUUAUUCAAAAGAAAUGCAGCAAUCAAACAUAACGAUCCAUUCAUCUGAAAGGCAAGAUUCUAUAUCUUCCAGAACUUGUACUGCAAAUACAAGUCUUGUACCAGUGGAA